AUGGAAUUUUAUUUAUUAAUUUUAACCAUUUUAUUGAUUUUAUUUCAAAAAAUUAAUUGCAAUUUUUCUAAUCAUAAAAAAGAGAAUAGUACUAUACUUUUUCGAGCGCAAAAAGGAAAGACUAAAUAUAUUAAGACCAAUUAUUGUUCUUCAAAAUGGAGAAAAAUAUAUUUGACAAACAAUGUAGAGCACGCGGUUAAGAAAUGGAAGCAAUUUAAAAAAAUAAACCAAUUUAAAAAAAUAAACCAAUUUAAAAAAAUAAACCAAUUUAAAAGCAAUUAUUUCUCUUGCUCAUUUGAAAAAAGAACAAUCACAUGUAAAAGUGUAAUCCCUUUUUUUAUUACUAAUGAUAUAUUUUUAAAAAAAAAAAGGUGUGUAUACACUUUAGGAAAAGCCCAUUCUUUUAAUUAUUAUGCAAAUUGUCUUCAUAAAAAAAAUAAAUAUAAAUGGAACAUAUAUAACAAUCAUAUAUUUAAUUUAUUUAAUUUAUUUAAUAAAAUAAGUGUUAUCGCAAGGAAAAAACAAAAAUGGUGUGUAUUAAAAUAUUCCUAUGAUAAUAUUUCGUCAAAUGCCAAUGAGAAAGGAAAUGAACAAAAUAUUUCGGAAACAACAAUUUGUAAUAGUAAUAUUAAAUAUGUACUAACUAAUAUUUUAAAAAAUAAUUUCAUAUAUAAUUAUCCUAAAAAGGAUGAAUUAAACAAAUUGGUAACAAACAUAACUUGUUUAUUUUAUAAAUUAAAUAAAUAUAAUUAUGAAAACAAAAAUAAUGUGACAUUAAAUAUAUGGGGUAAACCUAUAAACAUUAUUUCUAUUAAAGCAUGUAUAGACAAUAUACUAAAUUGUUUAUCUAAUAAUAAAUAUAAUAAAGAGGAUUUUUUAAAUAAUAAUAUAUUUUUUAAAUAUGAAAAUGAAAUUGAAAAAAAAUUAUUUUUUCAUCUUCAAUAUUUUUAUUCAGUUUAUAUAAAACAUAUAUAUCAAAAAGAAAAAUUAUUUAACGAAUUAAACAAAAAUAAUCGAGAAAUAAAUAAUCAUAUAAAUAAUGUGUUUGUAUAUUUAUAUGAUAAAGAUGAUACUAAUGUAGAAGAAUUUUAUGAAUAUUUGAAAAAUAUAUAUGGAGAAGACAUAGUUAGUUUUUUUAAUUAUAAACGGUAUAUACACAAUGAUAAUAAAUUUUCCAUUAUUUUAUUGUCAUAUAAUGAAUUUUUAAAAUUAUGUUUUUUAAUCAGCCAAAAUAAAAUAAUUCCUUAUAAUAAUUUGGAUUGUUACUUAAAAAAUGAUGAAAUUUAUUCAUCACAAAAAAAUAUAAAUAGUAGUAAUGUAAUAAAAAACAACAAUCAUUGUGAUCAAAAUUUUGUAAAUUUACGACAUUUAUUUUCAAGUCUUAUUGGAAUAAGGUUGAACGAGCUAAAUGAAAUAUGCGAACAGAAUGGACAUAAAAGGGGAUAUUAUAAAUGUAAAUUUUUUUUUGAUAAUUUUAGCUUGAAAUAUAAUUAUGAAAAUAAUGUGAUGGAAAAAAAUAUAUAUGAAAAUAUUUUUUCAUUACUAAACUUGAAUGAAAAACAAAAUAAAAUAAGCUUUAAUUUUUUAUGCAAUGACUAUUUUAAUUUGAAAUUAUUCCAAUUUUGGAUAGCAAAUGUGCAUAAUAACUGUAUGGUAAUAAAUUUUUCUAAAAAAAAAAAUACAUUUUUAUUACACAAAAAAUACAUUUUAAAACUUGGCAACAAAAAUUUUGAAGAUGAGCACAUUCCGAACACCCUAAAACAUACCCAUGACACAAGCUAUGGCACAAAUUUUGACACAAAUUUUGAAUCGCUUAUUUUAAGUUAUAUAAAAAAUCGAAAGAAAAACAAUGUUGUGGAAAAAGAUGCAGAAAACAACCUGUCUAUAUUUAAUAAUUACAGAAAAAAAAUAAUAAUAAAAUAUUUGAAAGAACAUAAUUUAUAUAAUUUGAACAAAUUAAAAAAAAAAAGUAGCGAUAUAAAAAGAAAUAUAAAUAUAGCCAAAAAAUUUGUUAAGCAAAAAAAAAGAAAAGCGGGGCACACAUACAGUUUUAAUAUUUCGGAUUAUUUAGACUUUAUUAUUAACAAUAAAAAAAAAGGAUCUAUAUUUUUGAAAAAAAACAUUAUUAAUCCAUUAUAUAUUGAAAAAAAAGAAAAUCUUCAAUCAAAUGACAAGGUAAAAAUAUUGUCCAAAAAUAUUAACAUCGUUCAGAACAACUUGGAAAUAUCAGAAAAAUCAAAACUUUCCAAUAAUAAAAAUAAAAAUUAUUAUAUAAAUAAACAAUUUUAUUAUCUAUACAAUCCUCAUACUGUUAAACAAAAUCUACACACUAUAAUUGAAAAUAAAAAUAAAAAUAAAAAAAAUAAUAAUUGUAAAAGAAGCUACUUAAAUAUUCAAUAUGACCAAUGUGGCGAGGAUAAACACCUUUGGACGCAAACUAGUACAUCCAUUUUGUCCACAAACUUUAAAGAUAACAUAGAAAAGGAUAACAUAGAAAGGGAUAACAUAGAAAGGGAUAACAAUAGUAGUGAUAGUGAUAGUAAUAGUGAUAGUAGUAGUGAUGGAAACAGAAUAAACAAGGUAGUAGAAAUAUAUCCUUGUAUAUAUUACAUUUUUAAUAAGGUUGAAUUUUGGUCAUUUUCCAAAAAAUUAUAUACUAUUUUCAAAUUAAUUAAUAAAGAAAUGUGUAAAAAAUUAAAAGACAAAUUAAAAAAAUAUAACCAAACAAUAAUAGACACAAAAAACGAAAACGGCUUGAUGUUUAUAAAAUAUUUAUAUAAAGGUAUUUUUCUAAUAAAUACCCAUUUAAAUGAUAUAGAAAAAAAUCUUCUCACAGAAUUAAUAAAAAAUAAUAUUGUUAAAAUUAUUUUAUCUUGUAUAGAUAUUUCAUCAUAUAAUAUAUCGGUAAAUAGCAUAUUUGUAGAAGAUUUUCAAAUAUAUAAUAAAAAUAAAUUAAAUCAAUACAAUCUUUUAAUUAACAAAAUAAAUCAAUUACAUGAGGAAAUUUUUAUGUUAUCUCCAAAUUGUGAAAAAAAAAAAAAAAAAAAAAGUAUUAUUGAAAGUCAGAAUGAUGUAGAUAAUAAUUAUACGAUUAUAUCUGAUGAUAUGUAUAGAUUACAUUUUAUAAAAUAUUUUAUGUUUUUAAAUUUUAGAAAAAUAUUUCCUAAAUAUACAUUAUCAAAUAAUGAUUUACAAAAUUUUUCUAAAAAUUCAACAAACUAUUUUUUAAUCCCUAAAAGAUAUGAAGAUAUACCUAUCAUUUUAAAUAUAAAUAAUAAUAGCUAUUUAAAUCUAUCAAAUUUUAAUAAGGUUAUAAUUAAUGAUUUUUAUUUUAAUUUAUAUUUUGAUAAUAUAUGUAAGGGUAUAUCUAUAAAAUUUAAAAAAAUUAAGGACAUAAUAAAGACCAAAAUUCUUGAAACAUCUAUAGAUAAUAUAAAUAGACUAGAAAAAUAUGAUAUAUUAAUUUCAAAUGGAAAAAAAAACAAAAAAAUUUUCAAUUCUUUUGAUAAUAAAAUUGUUGAAGAAACACAUCCUCAAUAUUAUUACACUAUUUUUCACAACUUAAUAAAAAAUUCGUAUAAUAUCCACAAAAUGUACAAACAUAAAAAAUUGAAUGAGACAAUAUUAAUAAAUAGUUAUAUGGAUAUUUAUAAUAAUGUGUCAUAUAAUUUAAAUUAUUUUGAUGUUUUAUAUUUAUUUUUUAUGAAAAAAGAACGCCUUGAUUUAAUUUCUGAUUUUGUUAAAAAUUGCUUUUUUAACUUUUAUUUAAUUCAAAGAGAAAAGUAUGAAAAAAAAUAUAUAAAAUAUGAUAAAGAUACCAAAUUAAAUAUAUAUAGCACAUAUCUUGAAAAAAUAAAUAAAUAUUUUGACAGUGACUAUCUUACUAUGUAUUAUAACAUGUACCUUAAUUAUAGAAAAUUAAAAAAAAAAAAUAGACAAAAAUUAAAAAAAUUAUACAAAGAAAAAUACAAGUACCUAGAAAAGCAAAUAAAUAAUAUGAAAAAAAAAAAUUUUAAAAACAAAAUAUUUAUAACGAUUAACAAUGAAAGGUGCAUAGUAGUAGAUUGUUAUGAUCUCGUCAAAAAAAAAGAAAAUAACUCCAUAAUCGAUAAUAAUUACAAUAUUGAUAGUAUUGAGAAUAGUUACAAUGUUGAAGAUAACAGUUCUUUAUUUCAUGAUAAACAUACCUUUAUCUGUUUUAAUGAUAAAAGCCAACUUAUAGUUUGCAAUGCUUCAUUUUUUAACUACGCCAUAUAUGACAAAAAGAAAUAUAAUAAUAUAAAAAGCAUGUCCAAAGAUAUUAAUUACUAUAACUAUUUAUUCGAAAAAAGAAAAAUAGAAACAUAUGAAAUAUUUAUGAAAGAAAAUAUAUUCAAAUUUAGUAUGCCCAAAAUAAAGACAAAGACUCAACUCAAGAAAUGUUUAAAGAUAAGACAGAAAAAAAAAAUAAUAAAUCAUGUCAAAAUUAACAGAAUAUAUAUAUAUAAUAAACAAAAAAAUGAAAAUAAUAAAAUAAAUGAUAUACAAAAAAAAAAAAAAAAAAAAAAAAAAAAACUUAUAUCAUCUAUCAAUAUUGAUAAUCUAUUUCUUAAUUCUUAUGAUGAACAACUUUAUCAAAUAAAAAAUAAUUUACUUUUAUAUUUUGAGAAAAUGAAAAAAAUCAAGCUUAAAUUAUAUAUGCAAUAUUUUCAUAGAAAAAAAAAUAUUAUAGAAAAACAAAAAGAAGAAAAAAAUGUCCAACUAAAUGAUGAAGUAACAUCCCCAAUACAACACUCUACUAUUAAUGAAAAUAAUUUCCUUUAUGAUAAUAUAGUUUUAAAAAAAAAAAAUAUUUCACUAUCUAAUGUGUGUAAAAAAAAAAAAUAUAUAUUGCGAAUAAAAUUUAUGAAAAAUUUAAAUAUUCUUAAUAAAAAAAAAAACAGCGGAAAUAAAAAUGUUUAUAUGAACGAAUUAAACAAAUUAAAUCGUAUUUUAGGAAAUACAUAUAAUCAUCAAAAUUUUAUGGACCAAUUUUAUGAUAUAUUCAAUUUUCUUAAAAAAUAUAAUUUAAUAAAUAUAUUAAAAAAUUAUAUAAACCCAUAUUUUAAAAAUACCAUGUGGUAUUAUAUAAUAACCCAGUAUAUUAAUAAUGCAUAUCAAUUAAACAUAAAUCAAAUUAAUCUAAAACCUGAGUUAAUAAUUAUAAUUUUUUAUAUUUGUUUUUCUAAAAAAGAACCUGAUUAUUUGGAUAAUUAUUUGACUUCACUUGAAAUUAAAGAUCAAUUUUUAAAACAGAUUGUCUCAGACAUUUAUAUAUAUAAAGAACUUUUAACAAUAUUUCAAUCAAGAUACAAUAUAAGGAUCGAUAUUCAAUUUAACUUAUAUAAUAUUAAUGAUAUUUAUGAUGGGCUAAUUAAAUUGAAGAACAAUAAAUAUGAUGAAAUUAGUAAAAAUAUGGAAGACAAUUUAAAUGAACUUAAUUUAAUAUUAUAUAAUAUUUUGUCUACUAAUUUUAAUAAAAGAAUAAAUAAUAUUAUUUUAGAUUUUAUUAAUGAGUUUCAAAAAUAUAAAAAAUAUAAAUAUAUAUAA